GAAGUCGCGGGCGCUCCCUGAUGACGUCAUCGCCGGGCGCCGGGGCGGCCGCGCGCUCCUGCCAUGCUCUGUGCGGGGGGGCCCCGCGUUGCCGCCGCCAGGGCCUGGGCCUGGGCCUGGGCCUGGGGCCGGGCCGGGGUCGCGGGGGUCUCGUCCGCCCCUACUGGCCCCCCCGCGGCCCCCGAGCCCCCCAGGGAGAAGCUGCUGCUGCCGACACUGCCGCGGUCCCCCGUCCUGCGGGCCUGCAGCGUCCCCGUCCCCCCGCACCGCUCCCCUGUGCAGGCCUGGGUAGAGUCGCUGCGGCACCACGAUGACGAACGCCGGGGCCUGACCGACCUCCAUCCCGAUGUCUUUGCUGUCAGGCCCAGGCUCGACAUCCUGCACAUGGUGGCGAUGUGGCAGAAGAAUUUCAAGAGGAUCAGCUAUGCAAAGGUGAAAACGCGGGCGGAGGUGCGGGGGGGCGGCAGGAAGCCGUGGCGGCAGAAAGGGUCAGGCCGGGCCCGGCACGGCAGCAUCCGCUCGCCCCUGUGGCGCGGGGGGGGCAUCGCCCACGGGCCGCGAGGUCCCACCAGCUACUACUACAUGCUGCCCAUGAAGGUGCGGGUGCUGGGGCUGAAGGUGGCGUUGACGGUGAAGCUGAUGCAGGAUGACCUGCACAUCGUUGACAACCUGGAGAUACCCACCACAGACCCCCAGUAUCUGCUGGACCUGGCACGGUACCGGCACUGGGGCCGCUCCGUCCUCAUCGUCGACGUCAACGAAAUGCCGGAGAACAUCGGAACCGCGGCAGAAGGCCUGAAAACCAUCAACCUGAUUCCGGCGUUAGGUCUCAACGUGCACAGCAUGCUGAAGCACGAGACGCUGGUGCUCACGCUGGACACCGUCACCUUCCUGGAGAAGAAGCUGCUGUGGCAUGACACCCGUUACUCGGCCCUCUACCCCUUCUCCCUGCCCUACAGUGACUUCCCCUAGCACCCCCCCAGGCAGGGUGAGACCCCCCCCGGUCAGGAUCCAGCCCCCAUCCCUUUGGAAAGGGUAUUUGGGGGACUGUUUCGUGCUGCUGUGGCCAUUAAAGUGAGGUUUCUCCUG